GGCACGCGCUUCCACACCCCGGUCUGUAUGUGUCUGUAUGGUUUCAUUAUUUUUCCACCUGUAACCGCACGCGCGCCGGUGUAAGAGGCUGAGCCGUGAAAUCCGGCGCGCGUGGGAGGCACUGCGUCCAGGCGCGUAGACGCGGUCGAGACCAGAACCGUAAUCCGUGUCUUCGUCUGUAGCGGAGCGCGCGCGACCUGUCCAACUGUCUGGAAUUGAUUUUUUUUUUUCUUCUCACGUGUGAAUUCGUCGCUGUCGUGUGCGUGCGCGCGCGCGUGUGUGUGUGCGUGUAUGCGGGCGCUUGUGUGUUUGUGUCCUCCACUCCCGAGAAAAUAGAGAGAGAGAGAGAGAGGGAGAGAGAGAGAAAGAAAGAAGGAAGGAUGAGAUGUUGACGGAAUAUCCACGUUAGAAGACCGGGAACGGCAGCACGCGCGCGGACCUGUUCCACCGGCUCCACUGCGGAACGAUGCGCACGAGACUGUGAAAUAAAUGAAUCCACGGAUCUGUUUGUAGUUUUGGUGCUGAAAUUAAGCGACUGUGCGGUUCCGGUGUUUCCUCCCACACACUUUAGAAAUGAUCAAGGUAAGCGCGAGGACACCGGUGGAUCUCCGCCGCUUCGACUCCUCAACUUGAACGGAUUUAACGAGGGGGAAAAAACCUCCAGCAUGACCCGGGGAGAGAAAUAAUCACGCCAUUAGAAUGCUGGAGAUGUGUGAAGAGGGCAUCGGAGUCCUGGUGCCACAAAGAGCCCGGAGUUUCUCCUCAGAGCGGAUAUUUUACUGACAGCAGCAUUCAAAUGUUACAGGGCUGAAGCCGAGAACCAUGGGAGUCACAGUACGCCUGGCACUGAUGACCUGGGCUCUGCUGGGCUGGUCUCAGGCAGCUGAGAGUGCACCCUCUCUGAGUGUGGCGGUGAUCCUGGGCGAGACCCGCGGUGUCCCCGAGCGGGCAUUGCGCCCAGCACCAGGUGUUGGAGCACCGCUGGACAUCAGCGUUCUCGCAGUGCAGGUGAACCACACAGACCCAGGCAGCAUGCUUACCCACCUCUGCCAGCUCAUGGCACGCCAGCGAUUGCAUGGCCUUGUGUAUGGAGACGGAACUGACCAGGAAGCUAUUGCCCAGAUGCUGGACUUUGUCUCCUCCCAGACUGCCAUGCCCAUUCUGGGUGUCCAUGGAGGUGCAGCCAUGACCAUGGCUGAGAAGGACACCAGCUCCUCAUUUUUCCAGUUCAGCGCCUCGCUCCAUCAGGAAGCCCUGCUAAUGCUGUCCGUCAUGGAGGAAUACGACUGGCAUGUAUUCUCCGUGGUGACCACCAGGUUCCCCGGGCACCAGGAGUUUCUGGCAACCAUCCGUGUGACAGUGGAGCACAGUUUCGUGCGCUGGGACCUGCAGAGCGUAGUGACGCUGGACGGUGUGGGCGAACCCGAGGACAGAGCACAUGUGCAGCUGAAGCGCAUCCAGUCACCUGUCAUCAUGCUGUACUGCUCUAAAGAUGAGGCCGAGCUGGUUCUGGCUGAGGCCCGGUCGCUCGGGUUGGUCGGCGCUGGCUUUGUCUGGAUUGUUCCCAGUCUUACCUCCGGGAACCCGGAGCGAACGCCCGAAGCUUUUCCCCCGGGAAUGAUUUCCAUAGCGUACGACGAGUGGGACUAUCCUCUGGAAACACGCGUGAGGGACGCGGUUGGGAUUUUCAGUCACGCCGCCGCCGCUAUGUUCCGAGAACAGGGCCGGAUACCGGAUGGAACCGUUAGCUGCAUGGGUCAAGCAGAAAAACCAGAGGUCCCGGCAAGCGCGUUACGCAGAUAUAUGAUGGGUGUAAAUCUGGAGGGCAGAGAUCUGUCGUUCAUGGACGAUGGCUAUCAGGUGAACCCUAAACUGGUGGUUAUUGUUCUCAACACUGAGAGGGAAUGGGAGAAGAUGGGCCGCUGGGAGAACCAUUCUUUGAUACUGAAAUUUCCUGUGUGGCCACGGUAUAACUCCUUCGGAGACGCCGAAGCAGACGAAAAUCACCUGAGCAUUGUGACGUUGGAGGAAAAGCCAUUUGUGAUUGUAGACGACGUGGACAUUCUGACGGGGACAUGCAUGCGCAAUUCUGUCCCCUGCAGGAAACACAUCAAAGAUAACGCUACCGGUGGAUCGUAUCUAAAGCAGUGCUGUAAGGGUUUCUGUAUUGAUAUCCUUAAGAAGAUCGCCAGAAACGUGAAGUUCACGUAUGACCUUUACCUGGUGACUAACGGCAAACACGGCAAGAAAAUCAACAACAUGUGGAACGGCAUGGUGGGCGAGGUGGUUUAUAAGAAGGCCGUGAUGGCUGUCGGUUCGUUGACCAUAAACGAGGAGAGGUCAGAGGUCAUCGACUUCUCUGUUCCAUUUGUGGAGACUGGGAUCAGCGUCAUGGUUUCUCGGAGUAACGGGACCGUAUCGCCAUCAGCCUUUCUGGAGCCUUUUAGCGCGUCGGUGUGGGUGAUGAUGUUCGUCAUGUUACUCAUUGUCACCGCAAUCGCUGUCUUCCUGUUCGAGUUCAUCAGUCCCCUGGGCUUCAACAGAAACCUCGCACAAGGCAAAGACCCUCAUGGGCCGUCUUUCACCAUUGGGAAGGCCAUCUGGCUUCUGUGGGGCCUUGUAUUCAACAACUCAGUACCGGUUCAGAACCCUAGAGGCACCACCAGUAAGUUCAUUGUGUCCGUGUGGGCCUUCUUCGCCGUGAUCUUCUUGGCCAGUUACACUGCCAACCUGGCUGCCUUCAUGAUCCAGGAGGAGUUUGUGGACCAGGUCACUGGGCUCAGUGACAGAAAGUUCCAGAGCCCGUAUUCCUUCUCGCCGCCGUUUCGUUUUGGUACAGUCCCAAAUGGCAGCACUGAGAGAAACAUCAGGAAGAACUACCCAGACAUGCACCAGUACAUGGUCAAAUACCACCAGACUGGUGUCCAGGAUGCACUGAUCAGCCUAAAGACAGGCAAGCUGGAUGCGUUCAUCUACGAUGCGGCCGUGUUGAACUACAUGGCUGGGAGAGAUGAUGGUUGUAAGCUGGUGACCAUUGGAAGUGGCUACGUCUUUGCCACCACUGGUUACGGAAUCGCCCUCCAGAAAGGAUCCUAUUGGAAGCGGCUUGUGGACCUAGCCAUUCUAGGGAUUAUUGGAGAUGGUGAGAUGGAGGAGCUGGAGGCCCAGUGGCUCACAGGUAUCUGCCAUAAUGAGAAAAAUGAAGUAAUGAGCAGCCAACUGGAUGUGGACAACAUGGCUGGCGUGUUUUACAUGCUGGCAGCUGCCAUGGCACUUUCUCUCCUCACAUUCUUCUGGGAGCACCUGUUUUACUGGCGACUGCGCUAUUGCUUCACUGGACUAUGCUCGGGAAGACCUGGACUUCUCUUUACCAUCAGCAGGGGUAUCUGGAGUUGUAUUCAUGGUGUUCACAUUGAAUUGAAGAAGCAUCCUGAGUUAGAUUUCAGUCCUCAGGCCAACAUGUUGCACUUGCUGAAAUCGGCCAAGGAGAUUACCACUCUAGGGGUCACUUCACCUAAACAGCCUGUUGCCAGCAUCCUCCCUCCUACAACCGGAUUGCUAGAAUUAAUGACUGGUGGCAAAGGCAAUAACCUUCCUCCCAAAGAUGCAAUCUACAAUAACAUCAACACCAUGAUUGCAAACCGACACAAAGACCCUCUUAACAACACCCUUUUGCCUGGUCAGUGUGCCCUUACCCUAGCCAAUGCCCAGUCUGGUGUUCCAGGCAGUGUCGGCAUAGGAGGUGGUGGUGGUGGUGCUGGUGGUGCUGGUGUUGGUGGUGGUGGUGGUGGUGGUGAUGACUCAGGACUACCUGCUUCCAAGUCUCGAGCUCUCUGGAAGAAGUCAGUCGAAACUGUGAGACAGAACCAAGGACCUACCAAAAAUUCCCCACCUUCCUCUGCACCAGUCUAUGAGCCACAUGCAACUAUGAAAAGCCAGCGGUAUUUGCCUGAAGAUCUGCCAGCAUGCUCAGACAUGUCUGAUUGCUCUGGUCGCAUGGACCUGCAGAAGCAGCACAAGGUCAAAGACACUCUCCGUAAGCGUAACCGCCUGCCACGGGACCUAAGUGACGUGGAGCUAUCUGCUUUGCCCAGCCAAGCCAGCCUACAGAACAAUCAUGGUUCUCAGAUCUAUUCGCAGAACAGUCAGAGCAGCCAGAUCUACACUAUUGACUCAGUAGACCAAGAGCAUGGACUACACUACCCAGACAUUUUCAACGAGCACAGAGACAACAAGCAUCGCCCACCAUCUUCUUCAGAACAACAGCCAAUACUGCAGCUUAACAGCAACCUGUUCCCUCCCUCUCAUGAGCCAGAUGUCAUGCAGAAUGCCACAACUGUGGCCAAGGAGAAAAAGUUCAAUACUUAUGGAAAGUCUGGUGGGAUAGGACUCAAUCCGUCUGUAACCAUUCCUGCCCAGGACCACAGGCAAACCCACUGCCGUAGUUGUCUCUCAAAGUUCUCUGGCUAUUCUGGGCUUUAUACUAUGCGAGCUCCCCAGUAUCGCUGUGAAGCAUGUCUGCACUCUGCCAACCUGUAUGACAUAAGUGAGGAUCAGUUCCUGCACCCAAACAUAGGUGCCAUUCGAGGAGGGAGUGUUGACAGGAGCUUCUGUGCAUUUCUGCCACAUCCCAAUGCUUCCUUUACGGCCUAUCUUCCCCAGAGUGACCAAGAUGGCGACGGGCUCAUUAGCCACUAUCAGAACGAGGGCAUUUACAUCCAUCGCCAGCACUCUUAUGAGAACCUGCCUCAAAAGAAUCUUUCACGACGCGUGAGCCUUCAGGACAGCACUCCGCACACUAACCUGCACACAUCCACCAUGGUCCCGGACAAACUUUCAAAGAGCCAGUCAACACAGCUUAACCACACACUUGCUUCAGUAGGUGUUAGCGGGCUCGGCAUUGGCCGACGCAGCAAGUCGAUGUAUCCAGCUCAGCCAACAGAGAACCCUUUCCUGCAGACGCUACGUGAUGACCAGCGCUUGGCUCAUGGGCGCAGCGCCACAGACAUUUACAAACAGCUGGUGCCACUUACAUUAAGUCCAGUUGUCGACAGCAAGGGGCCCGGCAUAGGGGUGGCAACACCUGACCUCUUUUACCCCGAGCAUGUUAUGCCUUAUGUAGCCCUUUCCCCAGUCGGCACAUUCCCAGCCCAGAGAGCAAUGAGUGCCGGAGGUGCACGACGUGUCUACAAGAGGAUGCCCAGCAUUGAAUCUGAUGUCUGAAAGGUUUAACCGAAAAAAAUGUGAAAAAAUGUGAACCGAUGAGAUAGCGACUCUGAGGAGAAAAAAAACAAAAACAAGCGCUGUACAAAGCAACGGUAUUUCCACUUGGAUACGGAUUCAUACUGGAUUGUUUUAACAACCAGGAGUUAAAAGAAAAUCUUAUAUUUUUUCCUGCUCUUAAGUAAAUCUGAGUUCAGCAUUUCAUCAGGUCAUCCCCUGUGGUUGAGCGGCAGCUCUGGGUCUUCCACGUUAACAAAGAUGGCACCAGACAAAGAUAGGAGUGUGGGGAAAAAAAGCUCCUGGAAAUUGCAGGGCAGCUCAGAAGAGCUCUCAGUUGUAUUCCCGAGAAACGAACUACCAAAAAUUGCCACAUGUGGUAUCGAGUAAAUCUCAGAGGGUGACAAACAUGCAUUUUUACAUCAACACAAAAACACUGACAAGAAAACAUCUAUACAAAAUGCACAAAAACAAAUGCUUGAGUCUGAAAUUCAAUUAAUUGUAUUGGUGUUGUAUUAAUGGCUACGUUCACUUUACAAGCUUCUUUGCCCCAAAUCAGAUUUUCGGGAUUUAUCUAAAAGGUUCACAGUUGUAAUCACAAGUGAACCGGUCUGUCCACGGUCUGUCCACGGAAAUGGACAAGUGUUUCAAACACUACUUGUAUUCAAAAAUGCUAAAAAAAAAAGUGAAUCUGGGACCAAAUAUAAAAAAGUUCAAAUGUUGAUGAUGUCACAGUCAAUCCCCAAUCUCGAGUCUAGGGAGCAAAACAUGUCCAUUUUCUCAGGGUGAGAGGGGAUCUCAUUUCUACCAAAUCACAAAGACACUAGGCUACUGUAGGCAUCUCUGAGCUCAUGUAUGUAGAAGAGUGCAAAGUGCACAGCUUCCCCAGAACGUCGGAUUUGUGUCACUUCAGCCCUGUAAUGUGAACGUAGGAGGAAAAAACUAAAACAAGGGACGUCCCAAGUGAAAAGGGUUCACAGAAAGUAUCCGAGCAGACUUCCUUCCCUAAAGAGACUUCUAUUUUUUCAACUGCAUUAUUUUAGUUAUGUUUUGUUUCCUUCUGACUGUGUAAUAUAAGGAACUCCUGGUGCAGCCCAGGCCUUAGUUUAGAAUUUCAGAGAAACCUGCAUGCCAAAACCACAAGAGCAGGAUGACGACUUCUGACGAGGACUUCUCUGAGCCAUCAGUGUCGGAUUCGUCCUCACAACCACGUUACAGCAUCAACCACGAUUUCUAUAGAUGUCUAGGAAAUUCAUACGUGACGAGUCGUUUUUACAGUUUUAUACACUGCCAAAUACCAGACCGAGCGAGCGGUGUGCAGAGCAUAUGAUUGUUAUGGUUCAGGAAACAAACAAACAAAAAAAAACACUAAGAAGGGAAACCACAGUUUCUCGUUUAAAAGACACCAAGAGACGUUGACACUGUAACAAAAUGAUGUCACACUCUGCACCGCAGGACCACAUCAAAACUCCAAGUACAUCACUUCCUGUAGGAUUCAAACCAGGCCUACGCAUAUCCUAUUUAUUUAUUUAUUUACUUACAUAUUUAUUUAUUUAAUCGUAAUUUUCUUUUUUCCAAUAUAAUGGUUAUCCAGCGAUAUGCACAAUAUCAGGUUGCAAUAUAAACUUUUAUGUACGAAAUUUCUGAGCUAAUCUGUUACUAUCGGUUCACUUAAUUUACGAAAUUGUAAUACACGUGACCUUUAUUUUGAAAUGUGAUUUACUUGCAUAUAUAUAUAUA